CACUUUUUUUUUUCUCCAGAAAAAAGGUCGCACGAUAGUAAUCGAGCCGGAGCGCGACAAGACGAUGGUACCGGAGCUUCUGGAAUUCAAGGAGCAGCUGGACCACGUGGUGUCGUCGUGCUUCCAGCGCAACGAGAAGUUCACGUACUCCGUGCGUGAGGCUUUCGAGCACUUCAUCAACCAGCGCCAGAACAAACCCGCGGAGCUCAUCGCCAAAUUCGUGGACGUCAAACUCCGGGCCGGUAACAAGGAAGCGACAGAGGAGGAGCUAGAACGACUGUUAGACAAGAUCAUGGUUCUGUUCCGCUUCAUCCACGGCAAGGACGUGUUCGAGGCGUUUUACAAGAAAGACCUGGCCAAAAGGCUGCUGGUUGGCAAGUCGGCCUCCGUGGACGCAGAGAAGUCCAUGCUUAGCAAGCUCAAGCAGGAAUGCGGCGGUGGCUUCACCUGCAAGCUAGAAGGCAUGUUCAAGGACAUGGAGCUGUCUAAGGACAUCAACAUCACUUACAAACAGGUCGGUCUCUUAAUCUUUAUAGAAUAGAACAGAAUAUUUAUU